CCUCUGUCCACCUUGUACAGGGACACAGACUCUUGGGACUCUCAGCCAAUUGGCUCCCCAGCCUCACCUGACUCUUUGUGGUUGCAGAGCUCAGACAUCUGUCGACCCCAGAGGAGGACAUCACAUGGCUCCCUCAAGGAAAAAUCCCUUCGGCGUAAGAUGCGAGUGUACUCACCAGACAGCCUAAGUGAUGAGUCUCUGGCCAGCCCCAUUCUGGAUGGCGACUAUCUCUUCCCAGGAUCCUUCGAUUCCUUCCUGGAGGAGGACUUUGGGGGAGACCCUGAAGACACCACAAGUCCCUUAUCAACAAGUGGCGCCAUAUACCCCCAAUCCCUCAACACAACAAAGACUCCACCACUGUCCACAGAGCCACUGCAGUUGUCAGAGGACUCUUCUAUCCUGAACUGUGGGGCUGUAGAUAAUUCCUCGGCCACCAGGGGGAGUUCCUUAGCCCGCUCUCAUACGGCAGAGAAUGAGCGCCGGCGCUUCUCGGCUUCUGAGCUGAUCUCAAGGCUGCAGCUGUCCCAGAGGAAGAACUCGUUCACUUUGAAAUUAGGAAAGUCGCUGUCGGCUCGCGUUGCUUCCCGCGAAAGGCAAACACCCAGUAACCUCAGCCCGAGCUCUGACUAUAAGUCUAAUUCCAGGCAACGCGGCUCAGGUGGUUCCAGUGACAGCGCCCCCCACAGCCCUGUAGGACCUGCGCCGCCCCUGCCCUCUAUCGACAACAACACACAACAGUAUCGACGAAGCACAGGAUUCACAAUCAAAAACAUGAAGAAGAAAUCCACUGAGGAGGAUUGGCGUACACCAUCCACAGUCAGCAACUCUAAUCGUCUGUCAAGAUUUCUCCCCAGUUUGAUUCUUUACCAGGAGUACAGUGACGUCGCAAUCAACCGAGAAAUCCAGAGGCAGCAGGGGGCAGAGCCAGGUGCUGAAGAGGAGGGGCUAAAGGAGGAAGGGGUUGGGGAGUCCCCAUCGCCGUCUAAUCUGUCUCCAUCCAGUUCCUUUCGCUCGUCACGUGGCUCUGCCUUCUCCUUGUGGCAGGACAUACCUGAUGUUCGGACCAGUGGUCAACUGGACAACUUCAGCAACGAGGAACGUAAACUACAGGAGGCCAAGUUUGAAUUGGUGACAUCGGAGGCAUCAUACAUUCGGAGCCUGACAAUUGCAGUGGAUCACUUUAUGCUGUCCCAGGAACUGGGGGAGUGUCUGGGAGCCCAGGACAGACAGUGGCUCUUCUCCAAACUCCCUGAGGUCAAAGAUGUCAGUGAGAGUUUCCUGCAGGACCUGGAGCACAGGCUAGAGGAGGAUAUAUUGCGUUUUGAUGUGUGUGACAUCGUCCUUGCCCACUGUCCUGCCCUUCGCAGGGUCUACCUCCCCUACGUGACCAACCAGGCCUACCAAGAACAGACCUACCAGCGCCUGUUACAGGAGAAUGCUCGCUUCCCAGGUAUCCUGGCUCGUUUGGAGGAAGACCCCAUCUGCCAGCGUCUUCCCCUCACCUCCUUCCUCAUCCUCCCCUUCCAAAGGAUUACACGUCUCAAGAUGCUGGUGGAGAAUAUCCUAAAGAGGACGACACCAGGUUCUAGGGAUGAGGACACAGCCACUAAGGCCUUCAAUGAACUGAAAAAGAUUAUAAAAGAAUGUAACUCCAGUGUCCAAUCAAUGAAGAGGAUGGAAGAGCUUAUUCAUCUGAAUAAGAAGAUCCACUUUGAGGGCAAGUCUCGCUGGUUGGUCAAACAUGGGGAACUGAUGGAGGUGGACACGCAGACCAUGAGUAUUUCUGGGUCAAAAUUCAAGUUGCCCACAAGGCCUGUGUACCUUCAUCUGUUUAAUGACUGUCUUCUGCUGUCCAGGAGGAAAGACACAUGGAAGUUCAUGGUGUUUGUGCACGCUAAGAUUGGGCAGCUGAAGGUGAAGGACCUGAGUCAGAAGCUCCAUGGCAUAUCAGGGUUCAUCUUCCAUCUGCAGCUCUGUGAGGGUCAGCAGCUCAAACACCAGAUUCUGCUUAAGGCCAAUACAGAGAGUGGGAAACAGAGAUGGAUCACAGCCAUGUUUCCUUCCGAUUCAUUGGAAGAUAUUGAGCAGGCCAGUGAAAAUGAUGAUCUUUCCCAAGUUCAAUGCAUUAAGAGCUACCAGGCGCAAGAGCAUGAUGAGCUAACUUUGGAGAAGGCUGAUAUCCUUCAAGCCAAGACUAUUACAAGUGACGGCUGGGUGGAGGGCAUUCGGCUGUCAGAUGGGGAGCGGGGCUGGUUCCCCAAAACCAAUGUAGAGGAGAUCACAAGUCGCAGUGCGCGUCUCCGCAACCUUAGAGAAAACAUCCGGAUCAAGUGUGUCACACAAAAACUGGAGGAUGAGUUCUUUUAACUGUUUUCUCCAUCCUGCAGGUUUCAUUUAUGGUUGGAAUGUCCAAGCGUAACAGUGCGGAAAAUGUCAAUGUAAACUAUCUAUAAGACAAAGCUUUCAUAUAAAACCAGUUUCUCAAUAGUGGAACAGUUUUAGUUGAUUCUGUUUGUGGGAACUUUUUUUAGUCUGCAGGUCCUCAAAGAGCACACUUUUUCUGGAAUAUCUUGAAAAUGAGCACUAUGAUUAAGCAAUGUAGUUAUCCAUUGGAAACACUCAAUUUGUGACAUACUGUAAAAAAACUCUGACCAAACAAAAUAUUACCAUCUACAUGAAGAUGUACACAAUUCCAUUGGCACAUCUGUAUGUGUGUGUGUGUGUGUGUAUAUAUAUAUAUAUACACACACACAGUGGAUAUAAAAAGUCUA